AUGCGGGACCCACAAGAGGUUCAAGUGCCCCGGCUCCGUGACUACUGUCGGCUAACAGUGUUCCAGAAGACGGCACGAGGCGGCAUCGUGAUGUGGUACCAAGGAUACAAGUACUACCGCCAGCGCCUAGCAGGCGAGAAGGAGGUGUGGCGGUGCGGCGUGCGGCAUAAGCUGCCCUGUCCCGGCUCUGUGCCAAUUUUCCAAGUGACAGCCCGAGGCAGCCGCAUCCUGUACUUCAGAGGCCACAAGUACCACCGCGAGCGACAGAAGGGCAUCAAAAUCCGCUGGCAGUGCGGCACCCACCAGAAGAAGGGCUGCCACGGCGCCGUCACCACGCUAGAUGACAAAAUUGUCAAGAUUUCCGUGCACAACCAUUUCCCUUCUAUAUUCCGUCGGACGAAUCGCGGCGGUCGCAUCCUGUACUUCAGAGGGCACAAGUACCACCGCGAGCGACAGAAGGGCGUCAAGAUCCGCUGGCAGUGCGGCACCCACCAGAAGAUGGGCUGCCACGGCGCCAUCACCACGCUAGAGGACAAAAUUGUCAAGGUUUCGGAGCACAACCACUUACCUGGUUUCCUAGAUGUGCACCUCAACUGCGACAGAUGCGAUCACGACUAA